ACGGUCGAGGCCAGAUGGGACCAUGAAGUGAAAUGUCUGGUCUGGUUUUUAUGGAUGAGCUGACCCUGGCUGAGUUGCCGUGCUGUGGCUUGGCCCUGUCUUACUGCCACUGGUCUGGUUAUUGUGCGGUGUUAACCUUAGGCUUUGGCUGUACAAAUGGCUAGUUUUGGCAAGCCAGGGUGUAAAUCUGCCAUGCGCUAGGUGCCCGGGUGGACUCUGCUCCACACCCUAAGUUCUGCCUUGCGCCUGGGAGCUGCCCUGCUUGGAGACAGUAGGUGAAAGUGCCCUAGGGAGCUGUUAGUCCAUGGCAGCAGGGUCCUCACAGACAGUGCGCAGCUGGCUAGGGCAGGGUAGCUUUACACCCCAGCUUGCCACGACCUAAGUGUGCGCUUAGACAGGCCCUUACUCCUCUGGCCCUUGGCCAUUAUUAGUAUUUGGAUCCCUAGCAUCAGUCGAUUCUAGUUAGACUUAACCCCUGCCUGUCCCAGGCUUGUUGAAAUCCUAACCUGUUUUGACCCCUGCCGGUUGCAUUGACUCCCCCAUCCCCAACAUACACAUAGUCCCCUGCCCAUCACUGCUUCUUACCCAGGUUGGUGACAAUGAGCCCAGAUCUUUCUGCCUGUUUCCCUGCUGCCCCUCAUGGCCCAGUGCAAGGUGGCAUCUGUUCUUGCACCCUCUCUAGUCUCUUGCAGGCGAUGAACUGCAAAGGGCAGGCCACGUCAAGGGCUGUUGGAUCCUACAUCAAUUUUACGGGUCUAUCAAAGCUGCCUCCCUGCAGGGAAGAGCCCUGCUGCCAGGCAGAGUCCCAAAGGUUUCUCCUCUCUCCAGAGUCCGGGGACGUGAAGGCCACUAUUGCCGUGCUCAGCUUCAUCCUCUCCAGUGUAGCCAAACACAGAGUAGACAGCGACUCUCUGUCCAGUGAGCUGCAACAGCUGGGGCUGCCCAAAGAACAUGCCGCAGGAUUGUGCUGGUCUUACGAGGAGAAACAGAGCCCCCUGCAGGACAGCUGGAGGACACGCAGCCUGAGAUUGAACCAUCUGGACGCUGUGUCCUGGAGGGUGGAUCAGAUGCUCAGCUCCAGUGAGCUCCAGCAGGUCAAUGAGCCCCUUGUGCACCUGAAGUUUAUCAUGCGAGAAGGGGACUGAGGCAUGACGGAGCCCUUUGCCAUAAUCGUGUCGGCAGAGAAGUUCCCAGUCUUACUGGCAGCGCAGAGGUUAUUCUCUGCCCUGCUGUGACCCGUGAAUUGGCAACUGGCUGCAGCGCCCCCUGCUGAGAUCCAAGUCACUCUGCCCCAUUGGCUGUUCGUGUCUCCUCUUCCACUUUCAGAGCUGAGACAGGCCCACGCCAUGAUGAAAACUCUCAGCUGAGGAGCUGGGAGGAUGGCAGCGAGCGUGGAAGGAGCCAGCUGAUUGUGCUGCAGCCCGUCGGAGAGUCUGGUGGGUGCGGUUCCUCUGCUGGGGAAGCCCCUUGCUGCACACAGCUGCAGACACCGCCUGGGCAGAGGUUGGACUGGGCUCUCUCCUUCCUUCUCAGACCCCUGCAGCUGAAACUGAUGACUGCUUUUCCCACUCUUCCUGGCUACUGUCCCCCCCGUCUCCCCUCCAGCUCUCUUGCUGUGAAGCCUCCUGCCCGCCCUUCCUCCAUCGUGCCCACAAGCCCUUGUGCUUCCAGGAUCCCCACCCCAGGAUCCGUCCCCAGAGCAAUGGUGGAUGGGAGCUUGGUGGCUUCUGCAUCUGCUAACGAGAUCUCCACCUUGAGACCAGCUUCAGCUCGGAGUUCCCAUAACAAAGGCGUCCAAACCCCUGGCCAGUGCCACCGUGUAACACACAUGCCUCCAGAGAACACCCAGGCCUGCCGGCUGGAGUCUGCUUUAACAGUGAGAGACCCUGACAUCCCCUGCCCAGGUCUUUGUGGGUGGCUCUGUUCCUGAACAGCUGCGGGGAGCUGAUCUGUCCUUUUGUUUCUGCCUGAAUUGUCUCCUGAGCCUACUCCAGGGCAGGCACUUGGGCUCCCAUGUCUCCUCUGGAGGCUAGCACACUGCAGCCCACCAAAUGCUGUGGCUAGGCCAGCUCCACAUCACCCACUGACUGAACUCCUGCAGCAAUCCAGGAUGCCUGUGGCUGGGGCUACUCUGCCAGUCGUACAUAAGAGGUUGGAAAGUUUCAUCAGCCGAAGCCCGAUGGAGCGUUUGCUAGUCCCUUCUUGCUCCCCUGCCUCCCUCCCCUAAAAAGCACUUUGCCUCUGCUCUUUCCACUUCCUUUAAAGGAGCCCCCUCCCUGGGGCAUAAAUGCAGCUUUUCUGUCUUUCCUUCCCCGCAUGCUCCUGCCACCUUUUCCAGGGCAGCUCAGUGCAUGGAAUAAAGGAUCAGCAGGAACGUGCAUCUGGGAAUCUCUCCAUGCAUUUCCGGUUGGUCUUGGCACAUGAAGCCAGUUAUUUGGGAUGUUUCCUAUUUUGCCAGCAGGAUCCAAUAAAGCCACGUGGAGCAUUUUGAAUUUGCA